UUGAUUCUUUCUUGUUUUUGUUGUGUGUACACAUUUCAAUAUUUUUUUCUAAACUUGUGUCAUUGUGAUAAGAGUGUUUUCACUCUUUUUUUCUUUCUUUUCCCACUUUCAGCCAGAUUACAGUCGAGACUUAGCUUGUAAAGAAGAAAUUUUGAUACAACAAGCAUUGCCAGCAUCAUCUUUUUUUGGGGUUUCCUACUUUAUUGUGUGUAACAAUAUUGUAAUAUUGUAUUUAUCCUUGUGGGGCUUCCCAAUUUUUUUUUAUGUAAUGUUGAGUUUAUCAAUGUUGGGGUUUUUUGGUUUGGGUAUUUUCUGAUGGGGGGUUACAUAGUUUUCCAAGAUUUGGUUUUUAGUGCAUAAAGGUGGCACCUUUAUUGAUUUUGGGCACUGAAAGGUUGAGUCUUUGAGUGGGGUUAUUGAGGAAUUUCAAGAUUUUUUUUUUUUAAUCUGGGAUUUGGAUUGUGAGUGAUUGUGGAAAAUGGCGACGAUGGACACUAGUGGAAGGCUUAUUGCUGGUUCUCACAUUAGAAAUGAGUUUGUGCUUAUCAAAGCUGAUGAAUUUGGAAGGGUAGAGUCUGUGCAUGCGCUCAGUGCACGAAUGUGCCAGAUUUGUGGGGAUGAACUUGAGAUUACUGAUGGAGAGCUGUUUGUUGCCUGCAAUGAAUGUGCUUUCCCUGUUUGUAGACUUUGCUAUGAGUAUGAAAGAAGAGAAGGAAACCAAGCUUGCCCUCAGUGCAAAACUAGAUACAAGCGGAUUAAAGGUAGUCCGCGUGUUGAGGGUGAUGAGGAAGAAGAUGAUACUGAUGACAUAGAGCACGAGUUUGAUUAUGGCGUUGGGAUUUUACGCCAAGGUUCUGGUCCAGUUUCCUUUGUUUAUGGCGGAAGUGGUCAUGCUGGUUCAUAUGAAAAUGGCUCGUCCUCGAGACAAGGUUCAUCAACUGAUGGUAUGGAAAUACCUCUUUUGACCUAUGGUGAAGAGGAUUCUCAGAUUUCUUCCAAUCAGCAUGCUCUCAUAGUGCCUCCAUCGAAUGGCUUUGGAAAUGGGGUUUAUCUAAAUCGUCAUACUGAGUCAUCGGUAUCCUUGCUUCCGAGGCCAAUGGUUCCAGAGAAAGACAUUGCGCUAUAUGGCUAUGGAAGUGUUUCUUGGAAGGACAGAAUGGAAGACUGGAAGAAAAAGCAGAAUGAGAAUCUCCCGGUGGUCAAGCAUCAAGGAGAUGGUGGUGGGAGCUUUCAUGGGGAUUAUCCUUAUUUGCCUAUGAUGGAUGAAGGAAGGCAGCCACUAUCAAGAAAGUUGCCCAUAUCUUCAAGCAAGAUUAACCCGUACAGAAUUCUAAUCAUACUCCGUCUCACAAUUCUUGGCCUCUUCUUCCAUUAUAGAAUUCUUCAUCCGGUAAAUGAUGCAAUUGGCCUGUGGUUGACAUCAGUUGUUUGUGAGAUAUGGUUUGCUGCUUCAUGGAUUCUUGAUCAGUUCCCAAAGUGGUGCCCUAUAGUUAGAGAAACAUACCUUGAUCGGCUUUCACUCAGGUAUGAAAAAGAAGGAAAGCCUUCAGAGUUAGCUCCUAUUGACAUUUUUGUCAGCACAGUCGAUCCCUUGAAAGAGCCACCAUUAAUCACUGCAAACACUGUUCUAUCCAUUCUUGCUGUGGAUUAUCCAGUGGACAAAGUUACAUGCUAUGUGUCAGAUGAUGGUGCAGCAAUGCUUACUUUUGAAGCCCUUUCUGAGACAUCUAACUUUGCAAGAAAAUGGGUUCCUUUCUGCAAGAAGUAUAAUAUUGAACCUCGUGCUCCAGAAUGGUAUUUUUCACUAAAGAUGGACUAUCUGAAAAAUAAAGUUCAUCCUGCAUUUGUAAGGGAACGGCGUGCCAUGAAGAGAGAAUAUGAAGAGUUUAAAGUCAGUAUAAAUAGUCUUGUGGCAACUGCUCAAAAGGUUCCUGAGGACGGUUGGACAAUGCAGGAUGGCACAGUAUGGCCCGGGAACAAUGUCCGAGACCAUCCUGGUAUGAUCCAGGUAUUAAUGGGUCAUGAUGGUGUCCACGAUAUUGAAGGAGAUGAUUUACCUCGCUUGGUUUAUGUUUCCCGUGAAAAGAGGCCUGGGUUUGAUCACCAUAAAAAAGCAGGCGCCAUGAAUGCUUUGAUGAGGGUUUCAGCUGUCAUAUCAAAUGCUCCUUUCUUGUUAAAUGUUGAUUGUGAUCACUACAUCAACAAUAGCAAGGCAUUAAGGGAAGCCAUGUGUUUCUUGAUGGACCCCAUUUCAGGAAAGAAAAUCUGCUAUGUGCAGUUUCCACAAAGGUUUGAUGGGAUUGAUCGUCAUGACAGAUACUCAAACAGAAAUGUUGUGUUCUUUGAUAUUAACAUGAAAGGUUUGGAUGGUAUACAAGGACCAAUAUAUGUUGGUACGGGGUGUGUUUUCAGAAGGCAUGCACUUUAUGGAUAUGAUGCUCCUGCCAAGAGGAAGCGACCUAGCAAGACCUGCAACUGCUUGCCAAAAUUGUGCUCUUGCUGUUGCUGUUUCAGAUCGAAAACAAACAAGAAAGGGAAAACAAAGAAAGGGAAGAAGCCAAAGCACUGGGAGGCAUCAAGUCAAAUACAUGCUCUUGAAACCAUUGAAGAAGGAGUUGAAGAAGCUAAUGUGGAUUCACGCUCGACUUCCCAAGUGAAACUAGAGAAAAGAUUUGGGCAGUCUUCUGUUUUUGUUGCCUCAACACUUCUAGAAAAUGGUGGUGUUCCAAAGGAAGCCAGUGUCUCAUCACUUUUGCAGGAAGCCGUUCAUGUUAUUUGCUGUGGUUACGAAGAUAAAACAGAAUGGGGGAAGGAGGUUGGCUGGAUUUAUGGCUCUGUCACAGAAGAUAUCUUGACUGGAUUCAAGAUGCAUUGCCAUGGAUGGAGGUCCGUGUAUUGUAUGCCUCAGCUGCCUGCUUUCAAGGGUUCAGCCCCUAUAAAUCUUUCAGACCGUCUCCAUCAGGUUCUAAGAUGGGCGCUGGGGUCAGUUGAAAUUUUGUUGAGCAAGCAUUGCCCUAUCUGGUAUGGCUAUGGUGGUGGAUUGAAGUGGCUGGAGCGGCUCUCUUACAUAAACUCUGUUGUGUAUCCUUUGACGGCCAUUCCCUUGAUUGUCUACUGUUCCUUGCCGGCUAUCUGCCUUAUCACUGGAAAAUUCAUUGUUCCUGAGAUCAGUAAUUAUGCCAGCAUUAUAUUCAUCGCGCUCUUCAUCUCUAUUGCUGCCACCGGUAUCCUUGAGAUGCAGUGGGGUGGUGUUGUUAUAGAUGAUUGGUGGAGAAAUGAGCAGUUUUGGGUUAUUGGAGGUGCUUCUGCACACUUUUUUGCUCUCUUUCAAGGAUUGUUCAAGGUUUUAGCUGGUGUGGAAACAAGAUUCACUGUCACCACCAAAGCAGGUGACGAUGGAGAAUUUUCGGAGCUCUAUAUGUUCAAGUGGACAUCAUUAUUGAUCCCACCAACGACUUUGCUAAUAAUGAACAUAGUUGGAGUUGUGGUUGGUAUCUCGGAUGCAAUAAACAAUGGUUAUGACUCUUGGGGACCCUUAUUUGGUAGGCUAUUCUUUGCCUUGUGGGUUAUUAUUCAUCUCUACCCAUUCCUAAAAGGAUUGAUGGGAAGGCAAGAACGAACCCCAACCAUAGUCAUCGUAUGGUCUAUUCUUCUUGCUUCAGUCUUGACAUUAUUGUGGGUACGAGUCAAUCCGUUUGUCUCAAAAGAUGGUCCUCUCCUAGAAGUCUGCGGAUUGGAUUGUGACGAUUGAGUCUAAACACUCCAAAGACUUGAUUGAAUCAAGAAUAUUUCCAGCAAGACAUUGUUGGGAUUUCCUUUCGCGGACGAGUCAUCGAUGUGUAGUACUGUGAGAGGGUUUUUGCAGGAAGAGAUAAUACUAUAUAGAAGGCUGUUGGUAGAAUAAAAAGGUAGGUAGGUAGGUAGGGAGUAUAGGUGAAGAGAGUCAUCAAUGUAGAUAUGAAACAGAGAGAGCUGACAUAUAUUCAUAAUAUUUGCAUACAAUUUGUUCCA